CCACCCUCAUUUCCGCUUGUACUUUCGUGGUGAGUUCAACAGCGGCUUUUUAGUGGCUUGUGAAAAUUCAAUAUAUCUGUGAAAGUAGCGCGAGUUUAUCAAAAAAGUUGUUAUUAAACAGUGCGCGGAGUGACGUGCAAUAGAAUAAACGAGUAAAACGGGCAGAUUUAACGAUGGUUGGAUCUAGAGUUUACGUCGGCGGCUUGCCGUACGGAGUACGUGAACGUGACUUGGAGCGGUUUUUCAAAGGUUAUGGACGCACCCGAGAUAUUUUGAUAAAGAAUGGUUAUGGGUUCGUGGAGUUCGAAGACUAUCGCGACGCAGACGAUGCGGUGUACGAGCUGAACGGGAAGGAGCUGCUGGGAGAAAGGGUCGUUGUGGAGCCGGCAAGGGGCCAAGCGCGCGGGAGUCAUCGCGACAGAUAUGACGAUCGAUACGGCGGCAGACGCGGGGGCGGUGGACGUUACAAUGACAAAUCCAAAAAUUCCAGAUCCUCCUCCAGAUAUGGGCCACCGCUACGAACUGAAUAUCGUUUGAUUGUGGAGAACUUAUCGAGCCGAGUCAGCUGGCAGGAUUUGAAAGAUUAUAUGCGUCAAGCCGGAGAAGUUACGUAUGCGGAUGCACACAAGCAAAGGCGAAAUGAAGGCGUCGUCGAGUUCGCCUCUUUGUCCGAUAUGAAAACAGCCAUCGAGAAGUUGGAUGAUACUGAAUUGAAUGGCCGACGCAUUCGUUUGGUUGAAGAUCGCCGCAGUGGGGGAGGACGCCGAAGUGGUGGGCGCGGACGAUCUCGUUCGUCAAGCUCGCGGUCACGUUCCCGAUCACCUCGUAGGCGAUCACGUUCAAGGUCUCAUCGUUCAAGUAGAUCUCGUUCAAAGUCCCGCAGCCGGUCAAAGUCACAUGGCCGCUCCAAAUCAAAGUCGCCAGUCAAAUCUCGCUCCAGAUCACAUUCAAACAAAUCCCGCGAUGUAUCUAAAUCAAAGUCGAAAUCCCGUUCUCGUUCGCUAAAACGUGAAUCACGCUCAAGAUCACGAUCAGCUAAACGCGAAUCAAAAUCUCGCUCCCGCUCGAACUCACGAAGAGACUCGCAUUCACGCUCACGAGACCGCUCCGCGUCCGAGGACAAAGACAAGUCCCGAUCGAACUCACCCAACAAAAACGGAGUCUCGCCGGAUCGUAACAAUGAAAGUAUGGAAGAUUAAACCGAACUUUUAACCCCCCAACCCUGUCCAUCUGUAGCGUCCCGGGAAAGUGCUUCUCUUUGUUAUGUUUCAUGGCAACUGUAUCAGACAUUUUUAGUUGGUGCCUCACUUUUGCCAAGUUCUAGGCAAUUUCAAAUGUAACGCGAUCGUUGCUUUUAAUACAAAGCAGAGACAAGACGGAUGAGGGAAUGCAAUUACAUAUAUACAGGGUGGGCCGUGUUGGAUUCUUUUUAAAUUACAUGUAUGUAUAAGCCUAACUUUUCGGGGCGCACUAGGGAGUUAGAGUACAUUUAAUUUUAACUUUAGUGAUAACAUCUGUAACCAAAAACAAUACACAUUAAAAUCCAACGUGCAUAUGUUAUAUCAAUUAUACUGGGGAGCACUUUGAAGGAUUUCAUCCCCCAGAUGAAUUGGUCCUCAUGAAUUUUCUCUUCCCGUGAAGAUGCAGUUAUUAUUAAUUCCAAAUGAAGAUACACAGCAGUUUUAUCUGCACUAUUAUUACCGUGAAAUGCGAGAAAGGUUGGAAUACCAUAGGAAGAUAGAUCUACUUUUAGUAUUUAAAUAGUAUGACUUGCAGAAAUGGAGUUUUAUAUUAUUGUAAAACCGUAAUAAAUUUUAAACACUAAGAUCUGGUAGAAUAAGUUUCUUUAUGCUUUUCAAAUCUUUACUCCUAGUGUAUUGUAAAUGUAUGUGAAACUUGAGAGGAAUAAAUGGAAUCUAGAAAUUAGAA